ACCUAGAUCCCCAAUGAUCUGACCGCCCUUUACGCGUUACGUCCAAUCAAGCAUUUAUUGUUCCUUGUUUAUUAAGAGGUCUCUAAGCAGUGCUUUGUAUUCAGUCAGUGUGUGUUUCCUACAGAUGGAUCCAGUAAUGGGAACCCACCAGAGAGAUGUCCCCGUCCUCUGUAUUCCGGGGACUCCACACAGGAAGAUCAGGAGAUCCCUCGGGAUGAUCAGGCUGAGGACCUAAUCAAUAUUCAUGGUGCUUAUUUGCAAAACACGACUUGUAAUGAAGCUGAUCAUCCAUGUAAGGAGGAAGAAAGUCCUCCAGACCUCAGGACUGGUGGAAAGAGCUGCAGAAUGACCUCAUGUGGACCUCUUUUGGUGGAGUUCAAAACCGAAGAUAACCCAAUGGGACAUUCUCCGGAUUUAAACAUCAUUGCCUCAAGUCUUCCUCCAGAUCCCACUGCCAGAAGUCAGUGUCCAGACCCCUUUACACCACAUCUCCAUCCAGAUCCCACUACCAGAAGUCAGUGUCCAGACCCCUUUACACCACAUCUCCAUCCAGAUCCCACUACUAGAAGUCAACGUCUACAUCCCAAUAAACCACAUUUUUAUCCAGAUCCCCCUACCGGAAGUCUAGGUCCAGACCAUAGAACAACGAAUCUCAAUCCCGAUCGCACUACAAGUCAACGUCCAGAUCCCAAUACACCACAUUUUCAUCCAGAUCACCCUACUAGAAGUCCAGGUCCAGACCAUAGAAGAACACAUCUCCAUCCAGACCCCACUACUAAAAGUCAACGUCCAGGCCCCAAUACACCACAUCUUCAUCCAGAUCCCCCCACUAGAAGUCUAGGUCUAGACCAUAGAAGAACACAUCUCCAUCCAGAUCCCACUACAAAAACUCAACGUCUACAUCCCAAUAAACCACAUUUUUAUCCAGAUCCCCCUACCGGAAGUCUAGGUCCAGACCAUAGAACAAUGAAUCUCAAUCCAGAUCGCACUACAAGUCAACGUCCAGAUCCUAAUACACCACAUUUUCAUCCAGAUCACCCUACUAGAAGUCCAGGUCUAGACCAUAGAAGAACACAUCUCCAUCCAGAUCCCACUACUAGUGGUCAACGUCCACACCCCAAUAAACCACAUUUUUAUCCAGAUCCCGAGACCAGAAGUCUAGAUCCAGACCAUAGAACAACGCAUUUCCAUCCAGAUCCCACUACAAGUCAACGUCCAGAUCCCAAUACACCACAUCUCCAUCCAGAUCCCCCUACCAGAAGUCAGUGGCCAGAUCCCAUUACAUCCCAUCUCCACCCAGAUCCUACUAACAGAAGCCUACAUCUAGACUCCAUAACACCACAUCUCCAUCCAGAUCUCACUACCAGAAGUCUAGGUCUAGACCCCAUUACCCCACAUCUCCUUCCAGAUCUCACCACCAAAAAUGUAUGCCCUGACCCCAUUACCCCCCAUGCCCAUUUGGAUUACAUUACUCAAAACUUUCAUCCAGAUCCCACAAGGAGAGGUCUUUGUCCAGACCCUAAUACACUUCAUAUCCGUCCAUACCUUACUACGAAAUAUCUUCAUCCGGGACUUCCACUGGUUGAACAAUCUGGGCAUGACUGGAGCUUGUCCCAACCUGUUACCAAGCCUGUGUUCAAUAACAUGUUUCCUUGCCCCGAAUGUGGCAAAUGCUUCACCCAGGAGGCUGUCCUCAUAAAACAUCGGAGGAAACACGUUGGUAACAUGCCUCACGUCUGUUCAGAGUGUGGCAAGUCAUUUAAGCGCAAGUCACAACUGGAAAACCACCAGAGAUUUCACACAGGUGAAAAGCCUUUUACCUGUGAGGAUUGUGGCAAGAGCUUUCCACUGAAGACCUCCCUGGUCAAACACCGCCGUAUUCAUUCUGGUGAGAAGCCGUUUUCCUGUGCAGAUUGUGGGAAGAGCUUCGCUUACAACUCCCUCCUGUUGGAACACCGGAAGGUCCACACGGGCAGUAAGCCAUUUUUGUGCCCCGACUGUGGCAAGUGCUUCCCGCGCAACUCACAGCUGGAUAAGCACCGCAGGACUCACACGGGUGAAAGGCCUUUCCCAUGCAAAGAGUGCGGAAAGUAUUUUGCUCAUCAGUCCAUCCUCCGAGAGCACUUGAAGGUCCACACGGGUGCCCGGCCUUACUUGUGUACAGAGUGUGGGAGGUCCUUCUCGCGCAAGACCGAGCUGGUAAGGCAUCAGCGAAUUCACACGGGUGAGAAACCCUAUGCCUGUUCGCAGUGUGGCAGGUGUUUUCGCCAGAGGGGGAUCCUGGUGACCCACCUUAAGGCCCACUCUGGGGAGAAACCUUAUUCGUGUUCUGAGUGUGGCAAGUGCUUCAAAAACAAGUCCAACCUUCUGACACACCAAAUAACUCAUAUAGUGCACACUGAAGCAGACAAUCAGCCUUAUGGGCUUGGCCUGUCAAACCACUAGGAUUAACAUGAAGCAGCAGGGGGGUACAGAUGCUUUAGAUGGCAGUCUGUCUCUGCUUGCAGGCAACAUUCUCCUGCAUCUCUUUUAGUCACUGGACUAUAUUAUAGCAUAACCUAUGACAUUACAGACAAUGCAAAGAUUCUUGGGCCUUUGACACUGGAUGAGGCUUGGAUCUUACUUCAGAUUCCAUUGCAAACAGGGCCAGAUCUAGCCUAUCUGAUCUGGGGGUGCAGUAAAAAAGUCAGGGGUCAUAAUGUCAAUAGUGUAUGAGUCAUUGAUAGUCUAUCACACAGUGUCACAACCUGGGAAACACUUAAACAGAACCUGUGCCCCCUCAUAUCGGAUGUUCCUAUCACAGUCCCCCUUUACAUCAUGACUACUCAUCAUAGUGCCCCCUUAGUGCAUCCCCAUCAGGAGUGCCGCCUUACAUUGGGCGUCCCCAUUAAGAGUGCCCCUUACAUCGGGUGUCCCCAUCAAAAAUGCCCCUUACAUCCGGUGUCCCCAUCAAAGAGAGCCAACACAAUGAUAAGAGCCACUUGAGAAGUCCAGGAAAUAGAUUUUUGGUGGACCUAUUUUUUUUUAAAGUUUGGGGUGUGUUCUGGAGAUAAAAGAACUGUUAAUAACAUAUAAUGGUUAUGGUAGAGCCAACAUGAUGGAUGGAAGAGCCAACACGAUCUUAAGGGCCACUUGAGAAGUCCAGGAAAUAGAUUUUUGGUGGACCUUCCUUUCUAAGGUUGGGUUGAUUCUGGAGAUGUAGAACUGUCAGUAACAUAUGAUGAUUAUGAAAGAGCCAACACGAUGUUAAGGGCCACUUGAGAAGUUCAUGAAAUAGAUUUUUGGUGGACCUUCCUUUCUAAGGUUGGGUUUGAUUCUGGAGAUGUAGAACUGUCAGUAACAUAUGAUGAUUAUGGAAGAGCCAACAUGAUGUUAAGAACCACUUGAGAAGUCCAGGAAAUAGAUUUUUUGGUGGACCUAUUUUUUUAAGUUUGGGGUGUGUUCUGGGGAUUAAAUAACUGUUAUUAACAUAUGAUGGUUAUGGCAGAGCCAACCUGAUAGAUGGAAGAGCCAACACAUUGUUAAAGGCCACUUGAGAAGUCCAGGAAAUUUAUUUUUUUGUAGACUUUUAAAGCUUGAGGUGUGUUCUGGAGAUGAAGAAAUAUCAGUGAUAUAUGAUGGUUUGAGGAAAAGCCAACGUGAUGUUAAGGGCCACCAAAGAAGUCCAUGAAAUAGAUUUUUGGUGGACUCAUCUUUUAAAGGUCGAAGUGGGUGCCGGAGAUGAAGAACUGACAGUAACAUAUGAUGGUUAUUGAAGAACCAACGUGGUGGAUGGAAGAGCCGACAUGAUGUUGAGGGCUACUAAAGAAGUCCAUGAAAUAGAUUUUUGGUGGACUUACCUUUCAAAGGUUGGGGUGGGUUCGGGAGAUGAAGAACUGUCAGUAACAUAUGAUGGAAGUGCCAGCACAAUUUUUGGUGGACUUAUCUUUUAAAGGUCGAAGUGGGUGCUGGAGAUGAAGAACUGACAGUAACAUAUGAUGGUUUUUGAAGAACCAACGUGGUGGAUGGAAGAGCCGACAUGAUGUUAAGGGCUACUAAAGAAGUCCAUGAAAUAGAUUUUUGGUGGACUUUCCUUUCAACGGUUGGGGUGGGCUCCGGAGAAGAAGAACUGUCACUAACUUACGAUGAUUUGAGGAAGAGCCAACAUGAUGUUAAGGGCCACUAUAGAUUUUUUGGUGAAAUUUCUUUGAAAUUCUAAUAUUUAUAACAAAAUGCAUUUUCCAUUGAAUACUGGAUGGAUGUAUAGUUUAUCUGGGAGAGAAAACUGGACCAGGCUUUUUAAUCAUUCGUGUUUUCAUCUUUUUUUAUCUAGAACAUUUACAGACUGUGGCUUAAGUUUUUUUAUUCAACAUUUUGUUGCCUGGGGUGGCAUAGCUGCUGAUGGUUGGGCCACCGUGAAUGUUUUGUCCCACCUCUGCCACCUUCCUCAGCACUUUUAUCUUAGAUUAUGAAGAUGUGGAGAGCUUCCAGUGAUGCCUUCCAGAGCAAAGCUGCGCAAGUAAGCUGCUUUAGACCUUUUCAGAUACUCCUAAUGAGGCACACGUGACCAAAUGCCCGGGACACGUUUUGGAAUUACGUAAUGGCCCCCUUGAAAUUGAGGUGUUCCUAAGCCAGUGGUUGUUAGUUUCAAAAAUCAUUUAAAAAAAAAAGUUGCAUAAUAUGGAGUAUUUUGAGAGGGGAAUAUGGUACAUCACGCAAAACUUGGAAAUUAUAAAAAUCUGUGUUUCUAUGAACAAUAAAACAGUGUUUUAUAUAAUG